UUCCUAACAAACACAAUAAAGUUAUUAUCAAGCAUUCUCAUCAGUGCAUCAUGUCACCAUCAGGUUUGAGAAGCAUAUCUACAUCCCUCUCCUAGAACAGCCAGCUAUGUCCCGGAUGUUCCGGCUGCACCUGGGCAACACGCGUCACAGCAUCAGUGACUCAGACCUGUGUAAGCUCGCCAAAAAGACAGAAAGCUACUCCCGGGCCGAUGUCAGCGUCAUCGUAUGAGAUGCCCUGAUGGUAGAUGACCUUCUGACCCCGUGCUCGCCUGGGGACCUGGGAGCCAUAGGAUUGACCUGGAUGGAUGUGCCUAGCGACAAAAUUCCGGAGCCCAUCAUCUGCAUGUCUGACAUGCUGCUCUCACUAUCCCCCACACGGCCCACAGUCAACACUGAGGACUUGUUCAAGAUCAGGAAGUUCACAGAGGACUUUGGACAGGAGGGCUGAAAGGUCCUAGUCACCCGGGGAGUUCACUUCUCCUCACCCUGUCUCUCCUCCUCGCAAGCCCCAUUCGUACAUCCUCCUGUCAAAAACAGUAGUGGCUACAGAAGCUACAGUACUACCACACUAGAAACUUGGACUUGUUUGGCUAAGCUGCAUUGGCAAGAAUGAUGGAGCAUUUUUACUUCAUGCAUAUUCUUUCCCUGUGAUCAUACACAGAUUCCUGUAGACUAAAAUACUAUUUCUUUAUUUGCCAUCCUGCACUUUUUUAAGUUGUUUUUUGAAGUGACUCAUUAUGAUGGAGUGGUGUUGAACCGCUUUGAACAAUUACUUUACGUCAUUUUCUUGUCUUGUCUUGCAUGUGUGUAAUUGCAUGUGUUUUAUUCAGUGUGUAAGUCUUAAUAUAUGUAUUUUAUGUGUAUGAUUGCUCGCUUUACUUUGCUUUUAAAUUCCUUGAGUAUUGACUGACCAUAGCUGCACCAGGUUUGCCACUUGUCCCAGUCCACACUAAAGCUACCCCCUUCAUUAUAGGCAGUGUUCCUUACAGUAUUUAUGAUUAUUUAUUAUAUUUCAUUUCAUCAACAUUGUUGUUGUGAAUGCAUGACUGAUGAUGUACAGAGCUCAUCAUUGAGAGGUGUUUCCAUUGAAGUAUUUCUCUGUAUUUUUCGGCAUUAUAUUUUCAUUUUGACUGAAGCUCUUUUUUAUUGCUGGAUUUGAACAUUGAAAAUAAUAGU